AUGGCAUCUAGUUCUAAUAUUGAUGCUUCAAAUUCUAGCGAUGAUGAAGCAUGGGAACAAAGCGUUGCCGAACAUAAUUGUCAACUUGAUCGCAUCAUUAAGGAUGUGGUCAUCCAUGCCGUAAGUUUAUCUGUACAACCUACCAAUCAUGCCGUUAGAGGAAGAAAGCGGUAUAUUGAAAGAAGACAUGAGAUAGGUCAUGAAGCUAUGAGGGUGUUGGCAUAUGGCACCUCAGCCGAUUUGCAUGAUGAAUACUUACGAAUGAGUGCCCAAGUCAUUCGUAAAUCAGUCAUCAAAUUUGUUGAAGGUGUCAUUUCCAAUUUCAGAGUUGAGUACCUCAGAAAGUCAACUGAAGAAGAUAUGGCAGCUCUUCUUCAUAUCGGAGAAUGGCGAGGGUUCCCAGGCAUGAUGGGUAGUAUUGACUGGCAAUAUGCAGGACGAAGUGGUACGCCAACAAUUAUUCUGGAAACAGUUGCAUCACAAGACCUAUGGAUCUGGCAUGCAUUUUUUGGAACCCUAGGUUCAAGAAAUGAUAUCAAUGUACUUGAUCAAUCGCAUGUUUUUGAUGAUAUCUUGGAAGGUCGAGCACCUAAGGUUAAUUAUAUCGUUAAUGGUCGCGAAAGGAAUAUGAGAUACUAUCUCACUGAUGGUAUAUAUCCUCAAUGGGCGGCAUUUAUCAAAUCUAUUCCUGCUCCACAACUUCGAAAGCACCAGUUGUUUGCUCAACACCAAGAGGCUGCCCAAAAAAAUAUUGAGCGAGCAUUUGGAGUUUUACAAGCGCGUUUUGCUUUUAUCAAGCGGCCAUGUCUUAUUUGGGAUCGUGAUAUUAUGGGAAAAAUAAUGAUUGCUCGCAUCAUCAUGCAUAAUAUGAUAGUGGAAGAUGAAAGAAGCACUUACCUUAACUAUCAUGAUCCUACAGAAUUCAUCGAAGACCGUCUAAGACAGAAUACUCGUUGA